GGAACUGUAACCCCGCCCUUCUCAUCGACUGUGGUACAACGAAUCAAGCGCACUUGAUAUUCCAGUCGGCUCAAAAUGUGACGUAUUUCCUGAAGAAAAGGAGGAUUUGUGGCAGUUUGUUGUCAUCUCCAUCCAGUAGUGUACCGUUGUAGUAUAAAGGCACGUUGCCCUUCAUUUCCCGUGUUUUUUUCCUAUUCGUUUAUUUGCUCUGGGAGUUUGAAUUUAUACCCACAUACUCCAUUAAAGCCACAAGAAUUCACUCGAAAGUGGGAGAAGAAACCGGUAAAGAAAUAUCUGGGCGCGACGGUUGAAGUUAACGGGUCGAAUACAACCAUGGAGAGUUGGGAGCGGAUUCCACGCAAUACGGGAUAGUUGAAUUCAGCGCUUCUCGACCGGAGGAGGAUGGGUGUGUGCGGGUAGUAUUUUUUUAUCCACCUCCUGGACUAAAGAAGAGGACGUACAACGUCAGGUUAGAUGUGAAGUUGCAAGUCAAGCCGCAGGAGAAAAGGAGAGUCUCCGCCCGCCUGGGGGUAAAGUCGAAGAAGAAGAAGAAGAAGAUGAUGAUGAUGAGGAGGCAUGACGUCUCGGCCCUUGUUGGCAUCUUCGUUUUUGUAAAAACCUCCAAGAGUUGUGUUCAAAUCAGGGAGGGCAGCCGUGGUAGAGUGGGUGGGAACAAUGGGAGUAUUUGCUGAAAGCGUGACGGCUUUAACACCAUAAAGUCUCUGGCAGCGUUGUGGACAGUCUUCACCAGUCUACCCAGUCAGGUCACUGUUCCACUUUGCAGCCCCGCUCGGCCUGUGAAGCAGCGAUAGACAAACAGACGGACAGAUAGACCGCCCAGGAAGUGUUCUCCUUUUCAUGGAUGCCAGGGUGGUCCUGCUGCACUUAUGGGCAGUCCUUGUCUUCCUGACAGCAGAGCUGAAGUUGAUUGAUGCUGCCGAGGUCUACACCAACACUUGGGCUGUCCAGAUUAAGGGGGCGCCAGAGGAGGCGGACCGCAUCGCCACAGAACAUGGAUUCAUCAACCUUGGCAAUGUUUUUGGAGAUUAUUAUCACUUCAGGCAUCAUGCAGUGGAGAAGAGGGCUUUGUCUGGCCACAGGGGGAUGCACAUCAGACUGCAAAAAGAACCACAGGUCCUUUGGGCUGAGCAGCAGGUGGUGAAAAAACGGAAGAAGAGGGAUGUCUAUGAGGACCCGACAGACCCUGAUUUCCCCAAGCAGUGGUACCUGUCCAAUCCAGCACAUCAAGACCUGAAUACCAAGGUAGCCUGGGCUAAAGGCUUCACGGGGAGAGGUGUGGUGGUGACUAUUCUGGAUGAUGGCAUUGAGAAAGACCAUCCUGACCUCAUCACCAAUUAUGAUCCUGAGGCCAGCUAUGAUGUUAAUGACGGAGAUGCAGACCCCCAACCGAGAUACACACAGCGUAAUGAGAACAGACAUGGAACCCGAUGUGCAGGAGAAGUUGCAGCUGCGGCUAACAAUGGUGUGUGCGGCGUGGGUGUGGCCUAUAAUGCUAGAAUUGGAGGAGUUCGGAUGUUGGAUGGAGAGGUGACAGACGUGGUGGAGGCCCACUCUCUCAGCCUAAACUCUCAGCACAUCCACAUUUAUAGCGCCAGCUGGGGCCCAGAGGACGACGGCAAGUCACUGGACGGCCCGGCCAAAUUGGCCAAAGAGGCUUUCCUCCAGGGAAUCACCAAGGGACGCACUGGACUUGGCUCCAUCUUUGUGUGGGCUUCGGGUAACGGUGGCCGGGAGCAGGACAGCUGCAACUGUGACGGCUACACCAAUAGCAUAUACACCCUGUCCAUCAGCAGCACCACGCAGUCCGGCAACGUGCCAUGGUACAGCGAGCCCUGCUCUUCCACCCUCGCUACCACCUUCAGCUCUGGAAACCCGGGGGAGAAACAAAUAGUGACCACAGACCUGAGGCAAAAAUGCACAGACUCUCACACGGGGACAUCCGCAUCAGCCCCACUGGCUGCUGGAAUCAUUGCUCUGGCACUGGAGGCCAACAUGAACCUGACCUGGAGGGACAUGCAGCACCUGGUGGUGAGAACAUCCCGACCCGGACAUCUCAGUGCCGGAGACUGGAGGACCAAUGGAGUGGGACGCAGAGUGAGUCACUCCUACGGUUAUGGCCUCCUGGAUGCGGGUGCUAUGGUGGAAGUGGCUCAGAACUGGUCCACAGUGGGGCCACAACAUCAGUGUGUUCACACAAUGCUUGCAGAACCAAGAGACAUUGCGAACAAGCUGGUAUUCAGCACCAAUGUGGAUGCCUGCUGGGGACGGCCGGAGUAUGUCAGCUCUCUGGAACACGUUCAGGCUCGUCUUACACUCUCCCACAACCAGAGAGGGAAAUUGGCCAUUCAUCUCAUCAGCCCACUGGGCACACGCUCCACCCUGCUGUUCCCAAGGCCCAAUGAUUUCUCCUCUGAGGGAUUCAACGACUGGGCUUUUAUGACCACCCACUCAUGGGACGAGGACCCUCGAGGAGAAUGGACCCUGGAAAUAGAAAAUGUAUCUCCUAAUGGACGUGACUAUGGUGUGCUGAGUCAGUUCACCCUCAUCCUGUGGGGCACAGGGUCCAGCGUCAUCAACCCUUCAGCAUCCGACUUCCCCCGGCCGUCCAACAACAGCUGCAAGACAUUUGACGCUCAGCAGAUCUGCAUCGAGUGCAGCCCUGGAUUCUCCCUCUUCCUGCAGGGUUGUGUUAAGUUGUGUCCACCAGGCUUCACCUCGGGCCCGCAGCUCCUCAACCUCUCUCUUGAGAACUGGGUUGAUUUAUCCUCCGUCCAGGCCUGUCUGCCCUGCAACCCCACCUGCCUCACCUGCUCCGACACUGGACCCACGGACUGCCUGUCUUGCCCGCCUCACAGCCACCUGGUCCUCACCUCCUGCCUGCACCAGAACCAGGUCCAGCGGAAGUCCCCGCUCGCUGGAGGACUUCAGGGUGAUGGAGCUCAGCCAGAUGGGGAGUCCCCAUCAGACGCAGACGAGAGUCGAGAAGAAGAGGACCCUCCUGUGAUCAGUGUCGCUCCGUCGACUCGGCUCCCGGCCGUUGUGGCCGUGCUUAGCUGUGCCUUCAUCCUGGCCGCCUUCGUCGGGGUCUUCUUUUUGCUGCAGUUGCGCUCAGGUGGCACUCUUUUAGGCUGGAGGACCAAACUGCCCUCUGGGUACUCACAAACGAGGGGGUUGAGGGUGGGUUUCGGUUUUGGCUUUGGCCAAGGACAGGAGAGGAAGGCACGGAUAUGCUACAGGGGGAUCCCCACCGUGUGGGGGGACGAAGACAUGAUCGCCUAUCAGUCUGAAUCAGACAGCGAGGAGGUGGAUGGACACAGUGAGAGGACAGCUUUUAUCAAGACGCAGAGCUUAAUCUAACUGGUCCUGGGUCAGCUCGGUCUCUUCAGUUUUUAGAUCCGAGUGUGUGGAGCUGAAACAGAAAGGAGAAUCACAAAGGCUCAGACAAACAAAACAUCACCCCUUAAUGUUCAUCUGAGGAUUAUGGAUUACAGUGUCAUCUAAAUAUUUAAAUCUGAUUAUUUAUCUUACACUAUUUAUAUUUUCUUGUCAGAUGCAUCCAGUCAGCAUCUGACUCUACCAACUUUAGAAGUUUGCAGCUGUUUGAUUUCAUUUAACAAUAACUAUUUCAUCGGUUUUGUGGGAGGAGGUUUUCCAGAAAUGUUGUAUUCCACGCCCGUAAAGUUUGUAGACGCCGUAUUUUAACACUGAUAGCUGCUAAUGAGAUAUCCUGCCUAUUUAACUCAAGCAUCACUACUUUCAAACUGCACCAUUAAAGUUUCUCAAAACAAAGUAUAUGGACCAAGGCCAGCUACCAAUAAGAGCUCAAUAUAACCCUGUUGACAUCUAUAGAUUGUAACUAUGAUCCAGUGACUGUUAAAAUUCCUCCAGCACAUUCUACAUCGGACUGAGCAGUGAAAAAAAAAUACUCCUCUUGAUGGUUAAACUGAACUUCAUGUGCAUCAUGUUUUAAAAAGUGCAUCUGAUUGGACUCCAAACACAAACAUCAGCACAGGCUGAGCUCUAAUAAGUUGGCGUUGUUAUGUUUUAUCAGAUUUUUGGGGCCAGGGGUUGUGAAGUCGGCACGCUGCUCAUUAAUUAUAGCUAGAAAACUUUGAAAUUGAAGAUUUCUGCAGCAUACUGGGACGGCUUAAUAAAACAUCCCGCAGGCUGUUUGAUAAGGAGGAAGCUGUGGAGGAUGCUCUGUUUUCAAUCAAGGCACAGCGGGAAUUGCUACCGCGGCUCUGACAUAUCAGAUAUAUCAGUCACAAAAUCUCAUUGACUGGUACCCUUCCACUCCAAUGAAAAAAAUAUACUGAACCUGAAGCCGCUCGGCUGACCUUUGUAACAUUUCUCUUCUUGGUUGCUGCUGGGAAAAAAAAGAUAAUUUUCUCUUCAUUUUCCCCUCACAGAGUAUUUAUUGAUUUUUGGGGCUCCUCUCCCAGAACGUCUUCAUCAGGAUAAACCUCUUUCCCUUUUUAUUCUCAGCACCAUACAUUAAACACCAACACAUGCUUUAUUUUCCCAUCUACAGACUCACAGCUGCACACUUUGGAUCUAAAGGCCAGAAUAGUUACAGAGAUUAAUAACUGAAGAGAUCUUGUAUUGCAUUUUCUAUGUUUGUUUUAUAUCCUUUUUUAUUUAACUGACAGUGGAUGUUAAUAUUGUGGGGAUCCCUUUUAUGCUGGAAUAAAACGACUGGCUGUUGCAGA